GCCCCCAAUGCCAAAGUAAUUCCGGCGCACAAAAAACCGCUGCCUUUUCUCGCAUUCCGCGGCCAAGAGAAAACCCGGAAACUCUACUCGGCCGCUGCGCUAUCUCGCCCAUCGGAGCGCGACGACAUGGCCUCCGCCUCCUCCCUCUUCCUGGCCUCCCCCACCACCGCGCCAAGGACCCGCACACCCUCCUCCCCGUGCCCCGCUCGGCCGUCCCUGCGCCCCCGGCGGCCGUCCCUGGCGGUGGCGGCCGCGCUCCAGGCGGAGCACCAGCCGGCCGUGGCCGCGGCGCCGAAGCCGCCGGCCCUCCCGUUCCGCGUGGGCCACGGCUUCGACCUCCACCGCCUCGAGCCGGGCCUCCCGCUCAUCAUCGGCGGCAUCAGCAUCCCCCACGACCGCGGCUGCGACGCCCACUCCGACGGGGACGUGCUUCUGCACUGCGUGGUGGACGCGAUUCUCGGCGCCCUGGGGCUGCCGGACAUCGGGCAGAUCUUCCCGGACACCGACCCCCGGUGGAAGGGCGCGGACUCCUGCGUGUUCAUGAGGGAGGCUGUAAAGCUAAUGCAUCAAGCAGGCUAUGAGCUGGGGAACCUUGAUGCUACACUGAUCUUGCAAAAACCAAAAAUUAGCCCGUUCAAGGAGACUAUCCGAUCUAACUUGUGUGAACUACUUGGGGCGGAUCCAUCUGUUGUCAAUAUCAAGGCCAAGACGCAUGAGAAAGUCGACAGUCUAGGAGAAAACAGGAGUAUAGCUGCUCAUACCGUAGUUCUCCUGAUGCGGAAGUAGAGUAUUAGAGGUAUACUACAUAAUACAGGAAUUGUAUUGUAUUGUAGUGUUGCUGUACAAGAGGUGUUACUACACUAUCCCUGUGGUCUAGUCAAUAUGGAAGCUUCAGGGAAAGUAGUAAAGCUGAGUACAAUGAAGAGAAAUGUGUAUCCAGCUUGUGUCUCAUUUUAUUGCUCCAAAAUUGUAUUCUUGUCUUGCAGGGUGCUAGAUAGCAAUCAUUUUGGAAGUUCUUGUUAUUUUCUUCCGGACCUUAAGAACCAUUCACAAAUUAUACUGCAGUAUACUGGUAUGAGCUUUUUACA